AUGGAUGUAAGUACCUCAUCAAAUUGUCAGACCCCUAAACCGCAUUCUGAUGCUCUGUGUGGCAGCUACCCGUCUGGUUGCGCCCCACAGGCUAACAGCCUUUGGCCCUGCCAGCAGUCUGGAGCUGGGUACCCUGCAUGGCCAGGGCAGCCCACCCAGCCUGCACCAUGCUGGUCCGGACAGCCAAACACACCCUGCUGGCCUGGAACACAACCAGCGCAGAUGUCAUUUCCAGACACGGCUCAAGCCAUGUCAGGAGUCCCUGCUCCAACCCCAACUAUGGUCCCAGCUCUAGCUCCAGCUCCAGUCCCAGCUGUGGCUCCAGCUGCAGGGCAAAGCUACCAGCCUUGCUGGCCAGGCCCCCAGUGCCAGCCUUCCCAGCCUCCCCAGCCACCAGCUCCAGUUCAAGCUCAAGUCCCUGUUCAAGUCCCCACUCUAACUCCUGCCCAAGUCCCAGCACCUGGUCCUCUUCCUGCUCAUAGCAUGCAUCCAAAUGUACCAGGUUGGCACCCUGGUUGGUCUUACAACCCUGGACAGUCAGGAUGGCCUGGACAGCAUCCUUCUAUCAUGCCUCCACACUGGCCUCCACCCACAUCUGGACCACUAAGUGUGCCAUAUAACUUGAACCUGGCCCGCGGAGUGUAUGACAAGAUGAUGAUGACCAUCUUGGGCCAUGUCAAACCAGAUGCUAAAAUGUUCACGGUGAACUUUCUGAGAGGCAACGACAUCGCCUUUCACAUCAACCCUCGCUUCAGUGAGGGUGGCAAGCAGGCGUUGGUGCGAAACCACAAACUGGGUGAGCGCUGGGGCGCAGAAGAGAGGGACAUAAAGGGACCCUUCCCCUUUGCUCUUGGGAGCCCUUUUGAGAUGAAGAUCCUGUGCACCCAAGAGGCGUUCAGGGUGGCAGUCAACAACAUCCAACUGUUUGAGUUCCGGCAUCGCAUCAGAGAGCUCAACCAGAUUGACCGAAUCAACAUCUUGCAUGAUGUCGUCCUCACCUACGUCAAUGUGGAGACACUUCCAUAGAAAGUACAUGCUUA